GUUGAGCGUACGACACGUGCGGCGAGGGAGGUGGUGCAGCGGUGCCAGACGUGGUGCACGUGUCUGCGCCAGGGAGUGACACGUAAGACAAGGCAAGAGUCUCCCUCACACCUCACAACACUCCCUCACGUCUUACCUCACGUCUUCCCUCACACUGGAGAAAAAUGUCUUCCAUUGGCUUCCAAUUUGUUACAUUGCUGAGUUUGGCAAUCUGUGGUGUUCUUUCUUCUCAGCCACCAAAAUCACAGGUGGUAAAGUGUGCAGUGUGUCGCAGUUUAGUUAAUGAACUACAUGCAGCCAUCAGUGAGGUUGAUCCAAGGAAAAAAAUUGAUGUUGGCUCUUAUCGUAUUGAUGCUGAUGGGAAACAGAAGUUAUCAUCUGUGAAAUAUGCUGGCUCUGAGUUGCACAUGAUGGAGUUGAUGGAGACUGUGUGUGGAAGCAUGAAGGAUUAUGCUCAAGCACGUCACAAGGAAACUGGCAAGCUAGAGGCAAUGAAGCUAAUUGUUAAUGGCGCUAUGAAUCCACGUUUUGGUGAAUAUGAGAUGGUACAAGAUCCAGAUCUCAAUAAAGGGCUACAAUUUCAUUGUGAAUCAAUUGUCGAAGAUUUUGAAGAUGAAGUAAUUUUAUAUUUUAAAGAAAACUCGGAAUUAGGUUUAGAGGAAUCUCAGGAUCAAUUCUGUAGGAAAUUAACAAGGAUUUGUGAUGGUGUAAGAGAUGAAUUGUAGUUUAUUGGUUGUGAUUAGUUUAUAUUUAAUGUGGGGCAGGGAUUUGUUAUGAAUUAUAUAGAUUGUUAACAUUUAGCACAUUUUUAUAUGCAAUAUAUGUUGUGAAGUAUAUGGUAAUUUUUAUGAUUAAUUUAUAUCAACCAUUGCACAAAAAGCAAUUUCAUACUAAAAUAUAUUUAUUAGAGAUUACUCAGAAAAAAUUGUGCUGCUUAAUCCAGGAUAUUUUAGCUUAAAAAUUGUUCAACUGUGUAUUAAAAAUAAUAAUAUCUAGCAACAUAUGUACAAUAUUGAGGGACUGAUUAGGCACAAAAUAUAUAGGAGAAUAAAGUUCAUGAAUCUCUGGGCAAACUAUAAUGAAAUCUACAUUCCAUUAGUUUAAGUACAUUCCAUGCAUGAUAUAAACCAUACAAGCCAUUUAUUUAAAUAUACAUAUAUUUUAUAUGAAGGAAAAUUACAACUUUAGAAUUAAUUUUACCACAUGACACUUAUAUUUCAGAAAGAUCUUUGUUACAUGGCUGAUCUUAAAUAUGAAAUGUAGUCUUGGUGGAAAUUUGCUUUAAAGGCUUUUGAAUUUACAUAUUUUUAAUGUUAAUGAACUAUUAUACUUUGGGAGGAAAAUCCAUUAGUCUGAUUAGAGCUUGGCUACAUUCUGUCUUCAGAUCUUUUUGUCAAUGUACCAGAAGGUUGCCAAUAUACAGUACAAUAGUAAUUCAAAAGUUUUUGUACCCACAUUAUACCUUAAUAGUUAUAUUAUUAUUAAAAUAACAGUAAUUAAAUAA